CUUCCACCACUGUGUGAUUCAAAAAACCCUCAUUUAUUCGUGGAUCAUUACCAGAAUCAGGUUUAUGUCAUAAUAUGAAGAUUAAACAGGAAAAAUAUUUACCUCUCAAAAUGUUUGCAGUUAUUUCUGAGUAUAAAACAAUCAAAUCGUAUGGGUUUCAUCUUUGAAAAUCAUUGUAGACAUUUAAAAAGACACUAAAUACUAGAACACAACUGGUCAGAGAAUGCUGCCGGUGCCUAGCAACGGUUGCCGAACAACGGCCGUUGCUUGGGGGCGGGAUUUAUGGAAAAGACAGUUCCGUUGAUCUGUGUGACAUCACAUUUUGGCAUUUCUUUGUUCCCUGUGACAUCAUGUUCAAAUCCCUUGAUGCUUUGAUGUUGAAAGCUUUGAUGUUGAUGUUAAAAACCCAAUAAGUGUCUCCCACACACUGAUUCUCAGCAUUGUGUUAAACUCAGACAUUGGUACGUGAAAACUGAGCCCAGUGCAGUUCACAGAGCCCAGUGCAGUUCAUAGAACGGAUCAAGUAUCAAGCAUCGAAGGUAACAUCAUAACAAUUACCAUGAAUACAACAGGAAACUUGUGCUUAGAAGAGAUGGCGGUGGUCACAGUCGACACUUUUCGCCCGCUGAUCCAAACAUUUGUUGGAAGGAUGACAGAGGACCGGUGGAUACUGCUGAAAUCCGGUUCUCCUGACGAUACCACCAAAAUCUUGUUGGCUGAGCUGCUGUUGGAAAUCAUACAAGCAAUGACAAACACCCUUUUGGCCACACUCAAGAACACAAGUGUGGCAAUUUCUGAGGAGCUAGUCGAAGUCAAACUGGGUGACACACUGAGUCAGAGCUUUGCCGAGGUUCUGGACAUAAAGGACCGAGACCAGUGUGACAGCCCCCAACGACUGACAAGCCUGCUGGCUAAGGAGGUUGCAGAGAGCGUCAGCUCUGCCCUUUCUGCUCAGAAGAGCUCUGGGUCUGGAAUAAGCCAGCACAUCACUCCUCCGCACAGACUUAACAACAUGCUCAAACAUGCUUCCAAAAUGCUUAAAAAGUUUGCCGCCAAGAUUAGAAUUCGCACACCCCGGGGACAUCGGCAGACAGUAAGCCAGACCACCUCCCUAGAGAAGACCAGCUUAGAGCUGUUACUGGAGGAUCUGGAGAACAAAGACUUCGAUUUCAUCUGUAGUUCACACGGGGAAGAGCUACAAACCCCAGAGGAGGAGCCACAAGACGCAGAGGAGGAGCCACAAGACGCAGAGGAGGAGCCACCACAAGACCGAUUUGUGGCUGAAACAGCUAAAGUAGUCCAGGAAAUAAUUGAGAGAGCUGUUAGUGAGAUCACAGAGCCUCUUUUGCAGGAUGAAGUGGAUUCGGAGCACGAGGAGCUGCAGUCUGAAUCCUCUUUUCAAAUUGAGGUUGUGUCAUAUGACAUCAGUCAACUCAUUGCCAGUGAGGUCUUCAAGUCUUCAACUCCACAAUCCAAAGAGAAGUGUAGACUCAGUCUGACAGAAGUAAGCAGCAUUAUAAAGACCUUCUUUGUGAAGGUCCUCGCCAAAACAUCAAUACUUCGCAUUGUGGCACAAAUGAAGAGGAAAUUCCGACACGAGUCCGAAGCUGAAAGCAGCCAGUCAAUGCAGUCUCUCAUUGAUAGUUUUGAGUCGUUGCUUUUGGGGGAGAAUGGGGAUAAACAGAAAGACCAAGGUGGGAAUGAGCUUUGCUUAUUUCCCAGAUAUAAAACUCUUUCUGGGAAUAACGUUGUGGUGAUGACCAAGAAACUCACCGAAAUGAUGUACUGCUACAUCAAAUAUGGGACCGUCAUGCCGGAGAUCAUCCCGAAAGCCAUCAGGAGGAAGGCAGCGGCUCGUCCUGUGGUUGAUCCUGCCAUGUAUGAGGACAUACGGAAGAAAAUCCGCUGCUUCCUGGCUCUGAUCAACUGGUGGCAGAAAACCCAGGCUGCCAGCCACUCCGACAGACUCACACUGGCUUUACAAGGCACUGAGUCAGUUGCACAGAGUCCCUUAAAAGAGGUCGCAGAGGAGAACGCAUGCCUGAUACCUACUCCAGCGCCAGCCACUAAACGUAAUAAAAAACGUAAUCGUAAGAAGACACGAUCCCCACAGGAAGUUGCAGGGGCACAGGAGGACACAAUGGGGGAGAUAAACAAGAAAGCAGUCCUGUUCCUCGUGGAGAGGCUGGUAUCUGGGCUGUACAACAAGGCCAAAUUGAACUGGACCACAACGCAGCCAGAGGUCAUCAUCCAGCGUCUCUUCGAGAGGAUAUGGGCCGAAGUCGAGGGAGCAGAAUUGAGAAUAACCCCAGAGAAGUUUGAAGACCUCGACAAGGCGGUGAUCAAACCCCUGGCGAAAAUGUGGGGCUGUGCAACGCAUUUGCUGAUUUCGAUUAAUUUACAGGAGCCACAAGCCGAAAAAGUCAUCACCAACUAUUUGUACCACCACCUUACUGCAAAGAAACGGAGUGCCAUCUCCAGGUUCUUCUCCUCACUGGGAAAAGCCCUCUCCAAGCCCUUCAGACGGGCAUAGAGGGUCAGGGUUAUUUAGGGGGAGGGGGUAGUUAUUUAGGGGGUAGGUAGUAAAGAGCUUCAGUCCUGCCUUACCUCCACGUGAGGCAGGACUGGAGCUCUCAGGGUAAUCUCAGGGGCCAAGCCCUUCAGAUGGGCAUAGAGGGUCAGGGUUAUUUAGGGGGAGGGGGUAGUUAUUUAGGGGGUAGGUAGUAAAGAGCUUCAGUCCUGCCUUACCUCCACGUGAGGCAGGACUGGAGCUCUCAGGGUAAUCUCAGGGGCCAAGCCCUUCAGAUGGGCAUAGAGGGUCAGGGUUAUUUAGGGGGAGGGGGUAGUUAUUUAGGGGGUAGGUAGUAAAGAGCUUCAGUCCUGCCUUACCUUCACGUGAGGCAGGACUGGAGCUCUCAGGGUAAUCUCAGGGGUCAGCAGUGGUUCUAUAUCUGAGGGCCUCCCCUUCAGACAUGGAGCCAGUGUUGAGGUUAUUUAGGGGGUGGGUAGCCUUCAUCUUGAAGGGAAAAAGUGAGCUGGGAAUUACUCUUUUCCUUCAAGAUGAACGCAGUAAAGAGCUUCAGUCCUGCCUUACCUCCAUGUGAGGCAGGACUGGACCUCUCAGGGUAAUCUCAGGGGUCAGCGGUGGCUCUAUAUCUGAGGGCUUCCCCUUCAGACAUGGAGCCAGUGUUGAGGUUAUUUAGGGGGUGGGUAGCCUUCUUCCUGAAAGGAAAAAGUGAGCUGGGGUUUAGGAGCUUCAGUCGUGCCCUGGAUGCAGAGCAG